AAGUUGGUAGUACAAGAAUGUGAAUUACAACGAAAGACUAGAGGAGAGACGAAAUGCUGACUGUCGUAUAUUUUUUGGACUAGACACACACGCACACACGGAAAAAAUGCGAGAUCUUGUGGUUGUUACUCUCUCUACAACUUCUGGCAACUUCUUUGGCCUCCUGCAUGCAAGGGCGAACUCUACAUCUUCUUCGGUCGUUAAUACGAGAAAAAGAGGAUCUUUUUCUCUCCGAGGUAGAUCAUCGGGUUUCGUGACGAAUGAUCAACCGCAAGACGCCGGCCCUGAUGCGGCAACGCCAACAUCCCCGCACCAUGCUCGUUUUAGAGGAGGCGCGGGCCCUCGACCGUCCGUCUACAACGCGAGAAGAGGACACGACCAGGAGGCUUCUACGUCCGUAGUAGAGGAAGUAGUCGAGAAGAAUUCUAACUCUGGGACGAGGAACAAGUUGCGAGGUUCAAGAUAUGCUUCUUCACCACCGAAGGAAGAUGCUGCCAGAGAGGAGGAUAGCGAGCGCCAGAACGCGUUCAUCCGCGUACACCAGAACGUCUAUGAACCUCAACAAACGUUUCUCCAAGAAGAGGGACGAGAUCAAGAUGAGGUCGAAAACAACCUCGCCUUAAGGCUCACGCUAAUCCGUCUUCUGAUCCAUCUGCUGAAGCCUGUCCCAUAAGGGGAAAAUAGGGCUGAAGCAUCUUAGACCUGUUCCAUAAGGGGAGAUGGAUCCCGCUGAGAUGAAUCCCGCGACACAUUAUUAGGGUGAGCUCUAAUCGACGGGGGAGUGGACGCAACAACUCCCUCCAGCACCGUGCUGCAGAAAAGAUUGGCAGAGACAACAGGUGCCUAGAGAAUCUGAAUUCUUCCCUAUGAGAAUUUGAAUUUAGUUAUGCUACGGUCUGAGUGACAUACUGGUAAAGAUGAGCAUAAUCAGUAUCUUCAACCAAACCCUCGUCCAGGAAUACGAUUCACCCAGGAUCAUGGUCAAGACUCUCAGAAUCAGUUAAGGCUCAGUACAUAGUCCUGAUAGUGGUCCUACCUGCUGUCUCCUUCUCCCUGCUGUCUCCUUCUUAGGACAACAAUACAGGAGAAUAAAUACAGGGAACAAGAAGGAAAUUGUUUUGAGCUCUAACGCAGGCCGCCCAUCACUCUGACACCCCCUUUAACCCGCAGGCCGCAGAUGGAGGUGAUCAGGUAGUAGCUAGAGAUGAUGCGGCAGCGAGAGGUGCCACUAUUAUGUCUGAGUAGCACUCAUAAAACUCACAUAUCAAGGCGCGAGACACUUCAUAAAUCUCACCUCCAAGAAUGGGGGUCAUUUCAAGGAAAAUGCUGAAUUGUCUAUGUAUAUAGAGUAUAAGUAUUAAUAUUAACAACCGGUUAGGUUUCCCUCUACCCGUAGACUUAUCCCUUCAAGCAAUAUUAAUAUGACUAUUUGAGCUCUAAUCCUUGCAACGGUGGAGAGGAGUCUGGGGGCCAAGAAGCUGGUAAUGGCUUUUCGUUGCCGUUGCUUUUUUAUGGUCAGCUUUCAUUCAUCUUUCUCGGUAUCUUGGUACCCUGUUGCCUUGUAUUCUCAUGAAGUGCAUCAAAGGGGCCAAGAUGAGGGGACUGAGGUGCACCGUGGCGCACGCUAAGGGAAGGCGGUCGCAGGUGGUGGCGGCGUGCUGCUGUUACUAUUGUGCGUUGCUUGUUUGGGGUCGAGAGCAGCAUCACCUGAAACCGCGACAGCACUUAGGGCUUUUGGUUUUUCUGUCCUUAAUGGCUCGCGCAAAGAGGAUCGAGAUCAUGAGAUCUCACGAAGCGCGCUGUAGACGGAAGUAGUAGCGUAGUGGUCUUUUCUACCCCUGGAGUGGGUACAUUCAUUCACCCACUACCGUUUGUCGUGGCUCUCACUCGUAACCGUGAGGGGAAGUACAAAGAGCAUAACUACAAACAGGGACAUUCUUCACAUAUAAGUAAAAACUUAUACUUAUAAUAUUGGAAACUUCCGUAACCGUAUUGGUGUUUAAUGAGUUGCGUCAUCGAGAUCGAGGUUCUCUUAAACCUAAGGGGGAGCGAAGAGCAUAACAAACCAGGAACUCACUCACGGAAGGGGGAGACAGAGCAUAACUAAGUACAAACCGGAACGAACCAAAAGCCCUAGUACCUCUAAGCAGCGACUUUCGCCAGAGGGCGUCCGGCUUCUUGGUUCAGCGCGAGCUACGCCGCAAGACGAGAAGAAGAAGAAGAAGAAGCUGAGCACAGAAAAAGAUGAAGCAACGCCUGUUCAAGGCGAGAAGAAGAAGCUGAGCACAGAAAAAGACGCAACGCCUGUUCAAGGCGAGAAGAAGAAGGUGAGCACAGGAAAAGAAGCAAAGCCUGUUCAAGGCGAGAAGGAGAAAAGUAAUUAUGGUCUCUUGGAAAUGGAAGUCGACCUAUCUUGUUCUAAAAGCAUAUUUAGAGGAAAAGCCACCUAUAGGCUUGACUUCUGUGUAAGAUUUGCUUCAGACUUCACCAGAGAGGGCUAGACAUGAAGGGUAUGACCAUGACCAUGGCCAUAUCUACGACCUUUUUCAAGGGGGAAAAGGCUAGAUAUGCGAGCUGGGGAGGUCAACUUCCAACCGCUAAAAGAAGGGGGAGAAGAAAAAGUCUGCGGAUGUGGAACCUGGCAGCUUUACUUUUUAAGUGACACUUGACCACAAUGAGACAUUUUGAUUUUUUGUGAUUAAGUACUGCAAGGAAGAAGCACAAGACACUUUUUUUGAUAGUCUACAGAUGCUGGUUUUAGAAAUGUACUACUCGUCUCUUUUUAGUGAUUAAUAAUAAGCGCGCUGGUAGUCGUAGUCGCUGUCGCACUACUUCAAAAUACGAAGUAGAAGGUAACUGUUGAGAGAGUAAUUUCCUAUUCUAAAAGGUUGCGGUUGCGGAUGACAAGGACAAAGACGAAAAAAAGGACAAGAAGGAGAAGGGGAAAAAAAGUGAUGGGAAGUUCCCUACCUUUGGCGGGUUACCUGCCUUUGGCGGGUUACCUGCCUUUGGCGGGGUGCCUACCUUUGGAGCACAAUUAAGGCUCAAAAAAAAUAUAUUGCUCCUUAGUUAUGUCCCUCCACAGCAAACCAAACUGUUAAAACAUGGAUUGAGUGUUCAAAACUUUGCUAUCUAGAGACUCAGACUUUGAAAGAGUCCUAGGCAUACCUCAUUAUCGAGAGUACUUCUAUUUCAUUCGUUGAUUUUCUCGUUACGGCUCUAGCUACUGGAACUUAUAGCAUAAGGAUAUCGCUUCAGGGAAAUGCGCCAAGUAAAUAAGAAGUUAUGAUUAUUUUGCGCGCCUCGAUGUGAAGACUCCAUAACCUAAAAACCUAACGUCCGCAACAACAGCUUUAGAACUUUGAGGAUGCAGUGAGCUUUUCAAUUGUGAUGAAUAAGGACAUGAAAAUCUUCGAGUAAGAUGUUAAAAGUGUUAUUCGCGCUCUACCUGUGUCUCUAAUGUCAGCGCCGAGUCAGAAAAUGUCGCCGGCCUCCAAAUUAUGAAUCAUUUUAGGCAUAAGCAUAAAGACCAUCCGGCCAGUACUAAAGUCAACAGCUUAAAGACUCACGAGCAUCAUGACCAAGGAAACAACAGGGGCAAGAAGAUCAACACGACAGCAGCACCAAGAUCACCAGCAUCAUCAUCACCAUCACCAUCAAGAUCAAAGCCUAAAGGCCCUUAAGGUCUUUAGCGUGUGAAGCAAGUGACUACUUAGAUGGUGGAAGUAGAUGGUCGCGAUCUCGUUAGCCUAGUCGGAUGGAGGGCGUUAAGCCUGGGGGAUCUUCAAGAAAUUGCAACAACAGAAGCCAACUACUUUGUCUUCCCAUUUUUAUCCUGUGCUUGUGCAUAUUAGCACUAUUCACAGGACAGGGGCGACAUCGCGGAGGAUGAUGAAGCACAUCAUCAAGAACCGUAGCCAUUUGGCUCCCUUAAGUUUUAUCUAAUUUUGCCGUUCACCUGGCCGAAUCAGAAAAAGAAAAUAUCGAGUGAGGGCGAAAGGGGGACUUCUGACCAGCGACCUACUCUUAAGGAUUGGAAGUUGGCCUCUCGCUCUCAUCUAUGAGCAUAGACCUGUGAAUUAGUUUUCAAGUAGAAAAGAAGGCACAGGAACAAGAAAGAUUGAUCGGGCAACUUUCAACCCCUAACGCUAGUACUAGUACAACUACCACCGGAGAUCAUGAUGACAAGCGACAACCUCCACCUAGUGCUGGAGAUGACAAGAGAUUUACAGAACCUGUGCUGUUUUUCACGGAGGGCCGAGAAGAAUCUCCAAGAGCCGAGGCACAAGCAAAAAGAAGAAGGAGAAGAAACGGUUCGGAAGAAAGAAGAAAGUCUGGGACAAGAAGUUAAGGGUCGUUUCGCCCGCAUUGUAUUCUGCACUUGCGUCCUUGACUUUUUGCAAGAAGUCGAAGAGACGUCAGGGAUGUUCUGAAGAAUGCAAAAAUGUGGAAAGCCCUAAAGAAGAAGGUCUGGCAGUAGAAGAAAGUCGGGCAGCAGAAGAAAGUCGAUGAGUCGUAUUAUCUCCCAGGAGCAGCUUACUAG